AGUGAAAAGGUAGGUAGAGACAGAAGAAAAGAGGAAAAAAAAGGGGGCAAUUGAGAAACAGUGCCACUUUCUCCGUCAAAUUAGGGUUUCUGAAUUUCAACAACAUUCCAUCAAUUCAUCUUCCAAACUCGAUAAUCAUCACCUUACAAUUUCUGUUGGAAAAGCAAAAAAGGGGCCAAAAAGUGGUCAAAGUUUUCGUCUUUAAACUGAAAUGAACUUCAACCAAGACAGAGGGCGGGCAAAGUAGCUAAACACGAAAAAGCUUGCAUCGAGAAUCAGCACGUGUUCGUCCCGUUCGCUUUCGAUACAUUUGGCGCUCUCGCCCCUGAUGCGGUGCGGUUCCUAAAGCGGGUUCAACAUGUGUCUGCUUACAUGCGUAAAAACCGUAGUACGCCCGUUGAAGUCUUGAAGAUAUGUGUGGUAUGCGUUGAAAAGGCUUAAGUUUGUAUGAUCAAGUUUAGUGAGAUAGUUAAAGAUUCAAGAAAGCCGUGAAAGAAGAACAAUCUUUAUCUAGUAUUAUUCCAAACGAUAGCUAAAACGGGGUCGCUGUGUUGUGUGGCUGCAAGGCCACAUGGGUCAAACGCAGCUAGCGUUGACUGGUCCAUGGGCCCACACGAGCCGUACUGGAGAACCAACACAAGCUUCUCGCCUCCACCACCGAGAUGGGAUAUGAGGUAUCAUUCGGAAGGUCAAUCGUUCGGUUCUCAAGAGGGUAGUCAGUUGUACGGAUCUUCUACGUCGUCGAAUAGUAGAGAAACUAGAAGCUGGUUAAGAGGUGGUUAUGUUCCUAAUCAUCAACAUUCGGUUUCUGAUGGAGUUGGGCUGUAUAUUAGUAGCCCGUCUGACUUUUCUCCAGCUCAGCAGUGGACCCCUCCCGCAAUUCGAGAAAUCGGUGUUGAAGAAUUCGGAAAUUCGUCUACGAGAGUUUUAGGGUCUAUAUCCGUCUCACCAAUCAUCGAGGGAAUUUCAUUUUCAGCCCCUCAGGAUAGCCGACCUUCAGUUUCUUCUCUUUCCGACGGUAGCGAUUACGAACCAAUAGCCAAAUCACAAUCAUCGCACCGAAACUUUACAACACGGCGUUGCUUCAUGUCUAAACCGGUCCACCCGUUGACUUUUCCGCCAAAAGAAAACGCGACCGUAUGUCACGAACAUCGGUUCAGCAUGGCUAGUUAUGAUCUUGAUUUUACUGACGUUUCCGAACCGAUCGAACCUGAUUCGCUUAACCGACCAUCCAUUAACCAAUUGUAUGUUUACAAAUGUGGUCUAUGUGAAAGGUUUCUCUCCCAACGAUCACCAUAUAGCUCUCACCGGAUCGUUAAAAGCGGAGACUUUCCGGUCACCGGAGUUCUUCCGUGCCGCCACGUCUUCCAUGCCGAAUGUUUAGACCAAACAACACCCAAAACCCGUAAAAACGACCCUCUUUGUCCCAUAUGUGGCAAAUCCGAUGAGGAAAUUACGUCUCCCGAGCAACGGGUUUGUUCGAAACUGAAAAACGGGUUUCCGAAACUUAAACCGUUUCGCGAAGACGGACCAUCUAGACCAUGGGGAUGCACCCAGGCGGGUAAUUGUGUUGAAGGGGCUCUAACCGCACCGUCUAAGAACACCAUGCUGUUACUUAGCCGUAACCGUGUUAAAAAGAGCCUGUCAUUGAAGAGUAACUCGAGUAAGAAAAAUGGGUCUAGCGGGUCGCCUGACCCAAGUGCAGUUGGGCCGUCAAAGACGGCAUCUUGUUCUGGUAAGAAGUCAUAGAAUCGGUAUCCUGUUAAUUCACGAAUGCGCGAAAUGUGGUUUUAAGUUUUAACAUAGUAGAAGAAGUGCAUAUGAAUAGUUUAUCACUUUGUGUAGGAUGUAAACCAUCCAUAAUGAUAUUCUAAUUGCUGACGUGUCAAUGCAAAGUAGUUGGAUCUAAAAGCCCGUUGGGCUAAAGUUCGUUGGGUUGGAUCUAAAAGCCCGUUGGGCUCAAGUUCGUUCUACCCAGAGUGUCGAGACGGUUUGAGAAUUGAAACUAGACAAGUACAAAUAGUACAUUUGAUAGAUUUUUAAACGUGAUAUAUAUGUCGUUUAUCGUUACAUUGAUAUUUACCUUAAGGUCGUAAUCAGAAGCGUUAGAUAUUUUUU